UAAACUUUUUUUAUUGACCAAAUACUUAUUUUCCACCAUAAUUUGCAAAUAAAUUCAUAAAAAAUCCUACAAUGUGAUUUUCUGGAUUUUUCCCCCUCAUUUUGUCUGUCAUAGUUUAAGUGUACCUAUGAUGAAAAUUACAGGCCUCUCAUCUUUUUAAGUGGGAGAACUUGCACAAUUGGUUGCUGACUAAAUACUUUUUUGCCCCACUGUAUGUGCAUAGGUUAGGAUGGUAUAAAAGGAAUGUCUUUGUGUAUGCAUGUGAGAGCUCUUGCAAAUAAACCUGGAUCUGGUCAAUUGUGAGCUGGGAAUUCUGUCUGUUUUAUUUAAGACCAGAACUUUACAACCUCUGGGUAUCAGACAGAUAAAGAUAAUUGGAAUUUAUGAACAUUGAUUACAAAAUUACUGAAUAGACCUGUGCCGGCUCUACGCACUAGGCCUCCAGUGCGCUUGCACAGUCCGGUACGUCCUGUGCCUGCUCCUCGCACUCGCCCUGAAGUGAGUGUCACCAGUCCGGUGCCAACUGUGCCGGCUCCACGCACCAGGCUUCUGGCGACGGUCCCCAGUCCAGAGCUUCCAGCGACGGUCCCCGGUCCGGAGCUUCCGGCGAGGGUCCAGGGCAGGAGGGUCCUCUGCGCCGGUGUCCAGUCCAGGCACGGUGUCCAGUCCCACUCCAAGGCCGGAGCCUUCUUCUGCACCGGGGUCCAGUCCAGGCACGGCGUCCAGUCCCGCUACAUGGUAGGAGCCUUCCUCUGCGCUGAUGUCCAGUCCAGGCACGGCGUUCUACCCGGCUCCAUGGCUGGACACGUGGUCUGGGCGGGGGCAAAGUCCCGCACCAGAGCCGAUGCUGGAUCCGCAGGAUGAGCGGGUUCUUUGUCCCGCACCAGAGCUGCCAUCGAUGCUGGCGGAUCCGCAAGCAGAGUGGGUACCACAGCCGCCACCAACGCUAGAAGCCCAUCCGGACCCUCUCCCAUAGAGUCAGGUUUUGCAGCCGGAGUCCUCACCUUUGGGGGGGGGGUUACUGUACAUAAUAACAUAAUGCUCAUCAUGUUUACAUCAAUCCUCCUUAUCAAUGACUAUAUUUGUUAUCACUAACCACUGCGUCACACUCAGUAAACAUCUAUUAUUUUAAGAUGAACCUGUAAUGUGCCUAAUGUAGAAAAUACAUCAGCCAAUUCUUAAUCAAUUGACUGUCUUUUGUUACCUUCACUAGUCUACAUCUCUUCCCUUAAAUUAAUCAGAGUUUGUUCUGACACUAGAAUAGGGAGUAUUGCUGAUCUGCCAUCAGCUGUUAAACGAACUGGGCCAUCACUGGAAUUAACUGUGUUUGUCCUGAGAAUCCUAUAGUUUUGGCAUAUUUGCCAGACAUGGGGAGAUGAGAGGCAUAAUUUGGAUUUACACAUGUGUAAGUGGCUCCAGUAUCUAUCAUCAUGGGUGUGCCUCUGUUUUCUAUUUGAACCUGCAGCAUAAGUUCUUGAUCAGCUCUUGUGGAUAUCAUUGAAAACUGAGCCUCCCCUGUAGGAUUCUCUGGGCAUCCCUAGUAUCCCUGAUUAGGCCCCACCCAUGGGUUCACAGGGCCCUGUGGUUGUCUCUGAUUGUUUUGCCAACCAUUACAAUGUUCAUAAACUAACUAAAACAUUUGAAAGUUCAUUUUAGGUUUAGUAACCUCUUUGCUAAUUAUUUUACCCCUCCCUUCUAUAAUCCAAUCCUUCUAUUAAGUAUUUUCCAAGGUAGGGCUAUCCACUUCCCCGGACAAUAAUUCAUUAGUCACGGCACUUAACACCUUGUAUUAGAAUCUUUACUAUAAUGUCUGCAAAUUUAUUACUGGAUAAUACAGAUGACUUAAUGUCUUAUUCCAGUAUAUCGCAUCAAAUAUCACUAUUAUUGAUAACCCACGUUACCAAAACAAUUCACACUUGUCUUCCUAUUUCCACAUAAUCUUUCAUAACAGUUAAACUUUUCUGGUUUCCUUCCUGCACCUUGCUCUGUCUCCCCUUUCCUUUCCAGUUCCUUUUAUUUGACCUAAGAGGGCACAGAGUCUCCUUAUCAUCUUUCACCUCUAUUUCUCUCUUUAUUUCCACAACUCCAAACACCAGGGGGUAUUACCCCAUAAAGAGAAACUAUAAUUUCUAAAACCUCUGUCCUCCACGAUAAAAAAAUGGCUGGAAAUCGGUGGUAAUCAUUUUAGCCAAUGCAAUAUCAAUUUGGUCUUGCUUUGAUACAGACAUAGAUUUUGGCAUAAACUGGUCCAUAGAAGACUGCGCUGCGUAGGCCUACUUGACUGGGUGGAUACAUCUCCAUGUGUGGAGGUGCUGGCUCCAUCACUAUCACCAGCAGGCCCGCUAGUUUCUUGAAACUCUGCUACAGCUAGCUUCACAGUUGGGUGCACAUAUGCCGAUGUAGGUUGUGCGUAUAACCGGCUUUAUAUGAGAUUUUGUUUUGGCAAGUUCUACACUAUGCUCUAACAUGCUACUGUGCUUCCGACUCAUUUUCCAGCUGUUGUCUUCACAGCUGUCCUUCCUCUCUCUCCUCGGCUGCUAAGUGUGUGAACGAAUGUGUGCUUGAGCAUUUAGGCCUAUAUUAUUUUAUUUCCUUUGUCGUUAUUUGAAUUAGUUAAUUCUACUCAUUUAAAUAUUUUGAUUAUUAAUAUCUUAAUGAUUUUAUAUUUUUAUAAAUACAUUCGGCUCUUCUGAUAUGCGAGCCAGCUCUUAGAGCCGACUCAUCACUAUUAACUCGAUACAUUUAAGCAAAUAUAUUAAAGUAGAUCAGUGCAGUGCACAUGUAUAUCCAUCGUAGGAGAACACACCGGGGAUAACGUUACCACCCACUGCCCAGUUUGCAAGCGUCUUCCAAUUCAUCAUGGCGCCAUCGUAGGAGAGCACACGGGGGUAACGUUACCAUCCACUACCCUGUUUGCAAGCGUCUUCCAAUUCAUCAUGGCGGUGGGUGUAGUAAUAGUUAGUUAGCCUGCACACCCUGGUGAUUUUACUUCGACCAAAGAGUAUGCAUGGGAAAUUGGACAAAGCUAACGUUAUAUACUACCUGCGUUUAAAACACAAAGGUCUAAGAACUGCAACAUGUUGAAAAAAAUAGACUAAAACGGAACACUGUGACAUACCCUCCCCCUUGCCUUGGUUGCUAAAGCUAACGUUCACUUAGCUAGCUGACUGGCUAAAGCUAACAAUCACUUAGCUAGCUGACUGGCUAAAGCUAACGUUCAUUUAGCUAGCUGACUGGGCUAACGUCGUCCGCGGAAGUGGACAGUGAAUGUUUUUGCGGGAAGCUUCAGGACCAGAACACAGACCUACUGUUGAAAACCUGAGAGCACCCAUUAGAUAGGUGUCACAGUCUCCCAAGUGAUGGAGAGUGGGGAUGAUGAGAUGGAGAUGACCGUGGGGGAGCUUCAGGGCUGGAUACAGGAGGAGGUGGAGAAUCAAGACUUGGUGAAACUCAGGAGGACCCAGCUGGCCCAGAUGCAGAACCUAGUGCAGCGGAAGGAGAAGCAGGCCCUCUGCACCCGCACCCUUUUCAACACUGCCUGCGAGUCUGUGGUGGAGUGUGAGACCGUUAUGAAGGCGCUGUACAGCAAACUGGGCAUGGAGUACAGAGACACAGACUCUGAAGAUGAAGGAGUGGGCCAGCAAAGCAUCAUUGAGAUUGAUGAUGGGGACGCUGACAGAAACGACAACACCAUGGCCACAGACGGAGUUGCUGCUUCCGAUUCGGCUCCUGGAGAAGUCCCAGCUACAGACAGUGACACAGAAAAUUACAAUGACAUGGCAGAUGACAUGGAGAGCAUGCCAUCCUCUCCAGCUGUGACCACCCCUUUUGUGACUGUAACUGUUGCCCCAAAUGAAGCCUCAAACACUAAUGAUACCCCAGCAACUCCCCUUGCUGAGUCAGAGUCUGAACCACCAAGUCCACAAGAAGACAGCGGUGAUGAGUAUACUCCAUCAAAAUCAAAAAAGAUCUCAACAAAACGUCCAGAGUCCAGCAAACGUGGACGGCCGAGAAAAGGUGAAAGGAAGAGAAGAGAAUCUGUCCGAACCAAGCAUCAACUUGUGUCUUACAGGGAAGACUCACCGCCUGCCCCAACAAAUCCUUCUGUGCCAUCGAAACCACAAAAGCCCAAAGCAGGUGACUGCUCUGCGUCGACAAAACAGCAGAACUCAAGCAAAGGUGGCACAGCUUCCCCACCAAAAUUACAGGAGGCCAGCAAAAGUGGUUCCACUGUCCCAUUAAAACAACAAGAGGCCAGAAAAGAAACGUCCACUCCAUUUGUGGUGACCAGCGUGUCGCAAGCUCCGACACAUGCACCAAACCCUGCCACUCAGCCACCUCCCGGCCUCACAGAGGAGGAGAUUAAGACUGAUAUGAAGGUCCUGGCUAGGAGGAGGACCAAGACCUGGCACUCAGGAAGGAUUACAGAAAUCAAACCAUCAGAGAAUGGAAGCAGGUAUAAGGUGGACUUUAGCGAGAAAGGGAGAAGCAUGCUGUCAGGACACCACAUAGCCUUUGACCAGACUGCUUCACUGGAGAGGCUGUACGUGGGUGUGCGCGUGGUGGCCAAGUUCAAGGACGCCGAGCAGUCCUGGUUCUACUCUGGCAUUCUGGCUGAGCUCCCCAACCGAAAGAACCGCAUGAGGUUCCUGGUCUUUUUUGAUGACGGCACACCUUCCUAUGUCGGUUUGCCGGAUCUUCACAUUGUUUGCAGACCACUGCCGGAGGUGUGGGAGGACAUAGAGGAUGAGGCCAACAGGGAGUUCAUCAAGGAUUACAUCAAGGUGUAUCCCAACCCGCCUAUGGCCCAGUACAGACCAGGCCAGCCCAUCAACGUGGAGUUUGAGGGGAUCCAGAGGAGGACAGAAGUAGAGCAGAUUGACUGCAGCUUGUUGUGCGUCAUCUUCAAGGAUGACGAACAUAAGGAAUGGGUGUACCGAGGCUCUCUGCGUCUGGAGCAUAUGGCCAACAUGAAGAAACGUGUUGAGGAGGCAAAGGAUAAACCAACAGUGACACGGCCCAACAGUGGGGGAGCAGUUUCGACUACUACUACAAUCCACCAGACUAGCACGGCUGCUGCCAACAAACCUCACGUCAACCCCUCGUCAACAGUAAUACCAGCGCAGGUCACUUCCAACAAUGUCAGCCAGGGCCAGCCAGCUGCUGGUAAACAGUCGGCAUCCGUAGGGAGGCCCUUUGGCCAGGAUCGUACAACUGACAAGGAGUCGUCUGUCAUCACAGCUAAAGGUUCGGUCACCUUCACUCCCCACCGUUGCUGCCCCGCCUGCCUGAACUGCAUCCGGUCAAAGGUCGAGGCCAAGCACCGUGGACGCAACCCGCUGCUCAUCCCCCUGCUCUGCGAGUUCCGCCGCAUGAAGGGCCGCCACCGGGUCAAUAACAAGACGUAUUUCCACAUAUUUUACCGGUCGCCGUGUGGCCUCAGCCUGAGCAACAUGACUGCUGUGCAGGACUACCUUCAACAGACACGCUGUGACUUCCUCUUCCUGGACAUGUUCUGCCUGGACCCCUUUGUGUCUGUGACCACCACUCACCAGCCCCGGCCCUACAAGAUCAACAUCCCAGACCUGACGCUGGGCAGAGAGAACCAGCCGCUGUCCUGCAUCAACGAGCUCAACAGCAUCCGGCCACUCUCAGUGAUCUACAACAAGCAGCGUGUCGCAGCCAGUGGGGUCUCCAUCAACACCAGUUCAGACUUUCUGAUGGGCUGCGACUGCACGGACGGCUGCAGGGACAGGUCGGCAUGCUCCUGUCACCAGCUGACCAUCCAGGCCACAGCCCUGUUGCCAGCGGGCCCUGAGGACGUCAACGCUGGCUACACACACAAGAGGCUGGAGAAACGCCUCUCCACAGGUAUAUAUGAGUGCAAUGCACUGUGCCGCUGUGACCCACGGGUGUGCUCUAACCGGGUGGUGCAGCAUGGCCUUCAGCUGCGGCUACAGCUCUUCAUGACCGUGGGGAAGAGCUGGGGAAUCCGCUGCCUGGAUGACAUUGCCAAGGGCACCUUCAUCUGCACCUACACUGGGAUAAUCAUGAACAAGAAGAGUUUGAGCACAGAGGGCAACAUGUACAUGGUCAACCUGAACCACAUAGAGGGAGCUGAGAGCAAGGAGGGUUACGAGAGUGAGGCCCGCUGCUCCGACAAUGAGUCAGGUUCAGAAGAGCCCAUAGAAGAAGACAACAGUGAACAUGAUGAUGACUGUGAUGAAGGGGGUGGUGAUGAAGAGGGAAACCACGACAAAGAGCCGCUACGUAUGAAGAACUUAUAUGAUGAAGAACCCAGUGACUAUGAGGACAGUUAUGAGGACAAGGAUUAUGAUGUCAGUGAAGAUGAUGGCGGCUCUGAUGAUGACUUCAGGCACAACGUCUCCUCUAUGGAGAGGAGCUACGUCACCCGCAGGCAUGCCAAAAUACUACAGGAGGACCCAGCGAAGAAAUCGGGCUCUGCCGCCAAAUCUUCUGACCAGCAGGAUGGUACAGCAGAGGGAAAUGACAAGGAGGCCUCAAAUGCCACUAGGCAUUUCUUUGAUGGGGAGGAGUCAUGCUACGUCAUCGACGCAAAGCUAGAGGGGAAUGUGGGUCGUUACCUCAAUCAUAGCUGCCAACCAAACCUGUUUGCGCAGAAUGUUUUUGUGGACACACAUGACCUUCGAUUCCCCUGGGUGGCCUUCUUUGCCAGCAAGCGCAUUAGAGCUGGUACAGAGCUGGCGUGGGAUUAUAAAUGUGAGCUUGGUGUGAAAAGGUCGUCAAGAGUCCUGAAUUGUCGCUGUGAUCCAGAGUGCAGGGAAAAGUUAUGAAAGCCCAUACUACUACUUCCAGCUUCACCGCUGCAGUAAAUGUAUGAAUAUACUGUAAUAGGUAGUCUUAACCUUUUUUCAAUAAAAAAAAUGAACGUUUUUGUAUUUUAA